CUGCGGGUAUGGCGGGGAUUACGUGCGGGGCCGGCGGACCCUCCUUUUCUUGGCGGGGUUCGGGCGUGCGGUCCCGGCACCCGUAAUGUACGGAGGUAGAGGGAAAGGGCUCUGGCCCCCUCGGCGUCAUGUCUUCGGUACCCGCAGCUUCCAGUCCGCGGGUUCUAUCCUCAAGCGCCGGGACACAGGGCUCCAAGGAGCAGGGCAGAACCGAGAUUACUAGGCUCCUCCCCGGUGUGCUCACGUCUUCUCCUUUGAUUUCAGGUCUGCGGGGCCGCCCAAGGAGCCGAAGCUGUCUUUCAUCUUCCACCUCCAAUUGCAAACAAUAAAGGCCGGUCAUACGAUAGUAAGUUUGUGUCCGCGUUCUUUUUCCCCCAAGGCUGGAGAGAUAGGCUGUAUGCGUGGUUCCGCUAGACGGAUUUUGCAAAUCUUUCCUUGGACCUCAGACCCUGCCCGAGAACGGGCGACAUUUUCGCGGAAGUUUCUCUGGCCGACCUUGCCGGCACUUCCAUAGAUGGCAGCCCUGCGCCGAACCCUCCACGUGGCGAGCCUGGCGGCGGGAACGCACCGCGCCUUGGCGGGCUCCUUGGCUGACAGCUGCCUGGCGGAUCGCUGCCUCUGGGAUAAGCUCCAUGCCCAGCCCCGUCAGGGCAGCGUUCGCACCUUCGACUGGUUCUUUGGCUACGAGGAAGUCCAGGGGCUCCUACUGCCGCUUCUGCAGGAGGCACGGUCUGCCUGUCCACCGCGGGUGUUGGACGUAGGCUGUGGGACCUCGAACUUGUGUACAGGCCUCUACACCAAAUGCCCACACCCCGUGGACGUGCUUGGGGUGGACUUCUCUCCUGUGGCCUUGGCCCACAUGAACAGCCUCCUGGAGGGCGGCCAAGGCCAAACACCCCUGUCCCCUGGACAUCUCGCCUCCCGCCUCCAUUUCAUGCAGGCUGAUGCCCAGAACCUGGAGCCAGUAGCUCCCUCAGGCUCCUUCCAGCUAGUACUGGACAAGGGCACCUGGGAUGCUGUUGCCCGUGGUGGUCUGCCUGGGGCUUACAAGCUGCUGUCAGAAUGCCUGAGGGUUCUAAGCCCCCAGGGGACCCUGAUUCAGUUCUCAGAUGAGGACCCUGAUGUGCGGCUGCCCUGCCUGGAACAAGGGUCCAGAGGCUGGGCUGUGACUGUGCAGGAGCUGGGCCCUUUCAGGGGCAUCACCUACUUUGCUUACAUGGUUCGAGGCUGCAAUUAAAAGACUUUUUAGGCCUGGC